AUGACUUUACUUUGUGGGCCAUCGAUUUCUGUGUACAAGGCGACCACUCUUCCAUCCAACCUUGCUCGGGACUUCAACAACAAAAACAAUAACAACAAUGAGCUUGUUCACGAAAGGAGGUCAAUCCAGUCGCUGAUCGACAGCUCCAAAAAGCCUCCGUAUGCGCGAAUUGAUACCAUUCUUACCAACUUCUUCCCGGAAGAGUACGGAGAGGGCUUCUAUGGAAUGGAGGUAGGAGACGUCCCGUGCCGACCGACCUUUCUCCAAAAGAUGGACCUCGACGCUGUAGACAAAAACUCCAAUCCUGUGCUGCGAACCAAUCAUCCGAAUCUGCUGAAUCUUCUAGAUAUUUCGUUGUUACAUGGACUGAUCUAUAUCCAUGAGGCUCUCAAUGUCAGUCAUGGCAACUUACAUUGUGGUGGAAUCUAUCUCAGUGAUGAGGGCGAAAUCAAAAUUGGAGAUGUAGGAAAGAGCAUGACCCUGAGAGGAAAGGCGAAAGACAUUUCUUGCGAUGUGCAAGCGGUUUUCCAGAUUGCCAGUCAAUUACUUAGUCUCGACAGGAGCACAGAUACGACCAGCAUGUCAUGGAUUAUAGCAAAGAACUUCGUCACCAUGCCGAGUACUGUUGAUCCUCGAACACUUCUCAAGCACCCGUUCCUGAAACUCGGCCAGGGUUCCUGGUAUCUGUCAUCUAUCGGUGGUUUGCUCUCAUUCAUGCGAACAACAGGUCCUCUCUCGCACAGCGACGAGAAGGCUAGCGAGGAGGAGAUGGCGACACGGUCAGAUAAAGAGUUGUCUUCCUAA